AGCUAAUGACUAUAAAAAAUAAUAACACGUUUGCAUACUUUGCUCAUAAAUUCAAACUGAUUUACAAGUUAAUAGUGUAAGCAUGUUGGCGGAGAGGUUGUAAAUAAUGAUUUAAUUCUCUACUGUUAAUUCCAUCUGACAUGCUGAUAAACACAUCAAGCAAACCACUCUUACUGGGACCCCCCCGUCCGCCGUCCCCCGAAACCCGCAGCUGUAACUGCUGUCAACUUAAAUAACAGUGUAACUAAAUUGUUCCGCAAGCACAAGACAUGGAGCCCGUCUACUCGCAGCCGGGCAGGGAGCCAGGCCAGCUACCGCCGUGUCGCAGCCAUUAAGGUCAGACACCAUUCAGUGGGUAGGUCUGCAGACGGAGGCGUCCCGGACGGGGCGUUUUUUUCUUCUUCUUUUUUUCCGAUGGGCUUCGGGGAGGGUCAUGUGACCGUAACGUAACGCGACCGGAAAACACCGACUGCUGCCGCCGAUGCUGCGCUUCAGAGGAACAGUGAGGCUCCGAGCCCGGCUGAGAGGUCCCCCCCCUCCGGUAAGAGACAACAAGCAAACUCCUCUAAAUUAAAGAUCGCGCAGUAAAAAAGGUCGAAGAAUGGAACUGGCCAACCACGGUCUCGUUCUCCUUCAGCAGCUCAAUGCACAGAGAGGGUUUGGUUUCCUGUGCGACUGCACCGUGGCCAUCGGCGAUGUCUUCUUCAAAGCUCACAAAGCUGUCCUGGCGUCCUUCUCCAACUACUUUAGGAUGCUCUUUAUCCACCAGGACAGUGACUGUGUCCGGCUGAAGCCUGCAGACAUCCAGCCUGACAUCUUCAGCUACCUCCUGAACCUGAUGUACACAGGCAAGCUGGCCCCGCAGCUUAUCGACCCUCUGCGACUGGAGCAGGGUGUGAAGUUCCUGCACGCCUUCCCUCUGCUCCAGGAAGCCAGCAUGGCCAGCCAGGGCACACUGUUGCACGUGGAGCAGAGCGCACUGCUGACCACGUCGCUCUACGGCAUCCAGAUCUCGGACCAGCAGCCCGGCGGGUUUUCGUCCAGGACGCACCUCUCCCCCCCAAUAGAGGCAGAUGUCUUAGAGGUCAAGGGCCCCUCCGAGCUUCUCCCAGAGCCGAUUCCGUCCUCCUCAGAGGACGUGGAGAUGCUGGGCGAGAGCCCCAGGGCUAACACCAUCCUCCAUGUCAAGCCUAGCAUCAUGAAAAGGAACGCAUCCUUCCGGAAGCAUUAUUCCUGCCACCUUUGUGGGGACCGUUUCAGCCAGCGGGGUCUCCUACGGGAUCACCUUCUCCUCCACGCUCAGGUGACGUUCCCUUCAGAGGCUCUCCUCUCUGGGGUUUUGCCCCUUCCUUGUGCCUCUACCCCAGAGCAGUGUUCACGAGACCCGGACGAGCCCCAGCGCGUGGCCAGCGACGGCGGCGGCGGCAGCGACGGCGAGCAACACCUGGCAACCGACUCGCCCCACGCGGAGGGCCUUCAGUCGCAGUCAGAGACCCCACCUCCCUCAGACAUAGCGGACAUCGACAACCUGGAGGCCAUGGACCUGGAGCGCGAGGUCAAGCGGCGCAAGUACGAGUGCUCCACGUGCGGCCGCAAAUUCAUCCAGAAGAGCCACUGGAGGGAGCACAUGUAUAUCCACACCGGCAAGCCGUACAAGUGCAGUGCCUGCGGAAAGAGCUUCUGUCGCGCCAACCAGGCGGCACGCCACGUGUGUCUCCACCAGAGUUCCGACUCCUACACCAUGGUCAACAGGCGCAGCAUAGAGCUGUGCCCCAACGAAGACAACAGCCAGGUGGAGGCGCUCUUUCUGUCUGCCAGCCGGCCUUACAAAUGCAGUGUCUGUGAGAUGAGUCUGUCUAGCCCCGGUGAGGUCAUGAAACACGCUUGCUUCGCACUAAAUGCUAAGGUCCCCUCUGAUUCGGACAGCCAGUCGGCACUGCCGGGUGAUGAACUGCCGAAAGAUGAGGGGUCGGACUCUUCGGACGCCAAACCAUUUAUCAAUCUUAUUAAAACCGAGGACAUUUUAGUGGAAUAGGACUAUCUUUGUAGGUGCAGCAAUGUUUUUAUUUAGCUAGCUUUAGUUGUACAAAUACCAAACGGGUUUAUUUGGUUUUUUAUAAAUAUAUGCCGUAAAAUAUCCUCUUACGGCGUCCAGUGUUACAGUUAUGAAGAUGAAUAGAAUUCAUUUUUUUUGGAAUUGUAAUAGUAAAAGAUCAGUAUAUGCUUGCACAACAAAGAAUUUAGAACUUUAGCUUUUGUGAUACCUCGCUAUUGUUUCGUAAAGUUUUUUAUUAGAAUGUUUUUAUCGCUUAAUUACGAAACACUGCCAUUUGCUGAAAAAGCUGAGCAAAGGUAUUUCAAACUCAGCUAUUCUUUAAAUCACUGUCCGCCCAUGUGCCCAGGGUCCAGGUGUAGUUUCUCUUGUUUCUUAAUUUUUUUUCACAUUGCAGCAGGGAAAGUAUUAAAGUCCAUAGCCUCCUGGUGCACUAUUAGGGCAUUAGGGACAUUUCAUUUCAGGAACUCUUCAUUUAUUGCUACCGUUUCACUGAUAAGGAAAUAACAAGGCAUUUUUAGUUUUUGCAGCUGAAAAAGUAGCUUGACUGCUGAAUUGCAGAUAAUAUGCAUAUUCCUAAAUUCUGAAUUCUGUAGUUUUUUUAUGCCAUCACGUCACUUAGAUAUUUACUUCUCCAACCAGAUUAUUUCUGUGGUGAAGACGUGGUCAGGUAGAACUAAAAUGUAGACAUUAAUAAUAAUACGUAUAAAACAGGUAGUACUCCAUAAUUUGUACAAAAACUGCGAUUGGCUGGUUGUGUUGUCGUUACGUUAAGCCCCUCCCACUUUGAGCCCAGUGGAAAAAUAAUGCAUGAACAAAUUAAGUUUUGUUUUCUCAAAUGGGUAAAAUUAGGUAUAUGUAAAUAAGCUUUUAUUAAAAUACUGGAGAGCUCUGAAACCUAAUAUUGAAAUUCUGUGAAAUGAACAUAUACUUGCAAAAUCAUGGUUAAAAACAGUUAAAAUUAUUGCAAUUAGAUCCUUAGAGAAAUACAUCUGCCACAAUUACUAAAUAUGAAUUGUUUAAUUAAAGGUUAGUUAAUUAAUCAGGUGGCGCAUAACUUGUUCAUUAAUUAAUUUGAUCAUUCUCUAAAAUUUUUAAGCAAUAAGAGCAAGAUACAUAGUAAUAACGUUUCCCUUGAUUCAGUGUUGAUAGAGAAUGUAGUUAAUCUAUACAGAAACUGGAAACACUGGCCUGCUUUCAGCUCUUGGCGAUCACGCGCCGCUGUUUGCUGCGUUUGUUCAACUUUUCAUAGCUAAGUUUGAUGUAUGUCAUAUGCUAAAUUUUAAAACCAAGAAUGAGUUUAAAAAUGUUAAUGUGAAUAGGUCAGUUUCUGCAUAAUGUAUUUUUGCCAGUUCAGCAAUUUUACUUGAACCUCUUCAUAGAAUCCAAAAUUUCAAGUUUUACGAAGUUUUGUACCGAAUACUGUAUUUUCAAAAACAAGUUACAAUAUUUGUGCCUAUAUAGUGUUACGACUUUAUGUAGAACCUAGCGAUCAGGUAUUAAAGUUUUUUACGCUUUUUAUAUUUUGAUUUUUUACAACAUUGACUGGUUGAGCAAAUACUAAUUUAUAUUUUCAUCUUGUCAUCAGUAAUGUUACGUCCUUUUAAUGGAUUGUGCAGCUCUGCGUACCGCGUUCAUUCGUGAUGUCUACGGCUUUGCAGGAAUGUUGUGUGAUAUUGCAAAUCUGGAAUGACACUAUUGACUAAAAAGCAACAACGAAUCCCAUAAUUAUUAUGGAUUUUGUUUUGGAAGACUGUUCGCUUGCGACAGGGGUUGGAUAGUUAUGGGUUUAUGGUGGGACUGCUGUGUCUGACGACUUCCUGCAUUGAAGUAGAUGCAUCAUCACACACGGGGUGUAUUGCAACAGGCUGCGUUGCAUAGUGAAGACUACUGAAGAGAAGUUUGACUCAAAAGUGAAUCCUUAGGUAUUAAACGGGCUUAAAAUGACCAGCUUGCGACUGUAUUUGGGGGGGGGGGGGACUUUAAACAGCCGGGGGAAAAAGAAAAUCGUGUUUUGUUUGUUUUUGGUUUUCCUUCAUUUAUGUACUGGGCUUUAUAUUACAAACGGGUCACAUUGGAAAUGUCACAGAGGCAGGACGUUUGCUGUGAUCUGUGUCCUCAGGAAUGUAUGCUAUACCCUUAUUUCUCCUUUUUUUCAUGUGAAGAGUCAAAAAAUAAAAUGUUUUUUCAGAAAAAAAUAUGACGUUAUUAUCUGUGUGUGUUUAACGGUAACACAGUGUGUAUGGAAGCUAAUAAUCUAGCUG